AGGGCUUUGUGAUAUUUUUAAUAACUAUGGUGCAUUAUGAUGUUUUUUAAUUGCUAGGGUGCAUUUUGUUCGGGUCUAUAAUCUCAAGUAAGGGUAUUUUUAGCCAAUGCUUUUUCUAAUUUCUUCGCAAACUGGUCCAUGGUCUGUUUUAUUUAAACAAGUACUAAAAAGAUCCGAGCAGAGAGGGUAAAUGUUGGGGAGAAGGCAUUCAUAGAAGCAUUCUUUUGGGAUUGUAGCAUUAUUUUGAACCAACAAACCUAUUAAGUUUUGUUGACUUCCGUUUUAAAUGACUUGCCCAGAAAUGAUUGGUUGGCAUUGGCAACCGUUUUAGCCGAUGGGAGGCCUAGCUCGCUAACGCUAGUUACAUCUUGUUGGCUGAAUAAAGAAAGGGAAAGGAAGCCGAAUCUAAAGACUGAAAGGAGCAAGAGACAGACUGCACACAGAAUGAGCUCAUCUGCUCCCAGGAUGGUGAACAACUACAAGCGGACUUCCAGCCCUCGGUCUCCUACGAACAGUGGGGAGCUCUUCACUCCAGCGCAUGAAGAGAAUGUGCGCUUCAUCCACGACACCUGGCAGUGUGUGCUCAGAGACAUCCGGUCACCACAGAGCAGCGAACGCAAAGACCGUGGACCACAGGAGUAUGUGGAAAAGAACCCAAAUCCCAACUUAAAUUCUUUCACACCAGUUGACCUGAGUGACCUCAGGAAACGCAACACACAGGACUCCAAGAAGUCCUAGUCUUUCUCUUUAUAGUCAACAGCUUUUUUUCUGCACUAAUUAUCCUUGAGAACUUUCUCCUCCUCUGUCGGCCAGAAUCCUGUCCUGCCCAGAAUGCCGGUCCUCUUUCUGCCCACCUGGACUAACAGCCUGCCCAUUCAACAGCAGGGUGCUGAUGUCCUAACAACCAAAACAUUUUUGGAGUCCCUUUCCACCCCCCCCCCCCCCCCCCCCUUCUCUGUCCGGGCUCAAUAUUUUCUUACCCUACCUCUCAUCUGGUUGACGUGGAAAGCUGGCAUUUGAGUUCCAGGGAUUCUCUCUUCCGGUUCUUGGUUUUACAGCCAUUCAUUUUUCAUUUUCACUCUCUUUUUUUUAUGCGAAUGGGACUGAUGCAGAGUUUCAAUGAAAUAUGCUGACAUCCUGAUGCCGAAGUACAGACUGUGUACAAAUUCUUCAUGGGACACUUUAAAGGACUGCAGUCUUAAAUAUAAACUGUUUUCUUUUCAAUCUGCAAAGGAUAAUGCUGAAGGGCUGACAUUAUUUUUUUUGGAAGAUAGCUGAAUUGUAGAUAUAUUGGAAUGGAAUCCGAUUGUACGGGCGAGUUUUGGAAACCAAAAAUUGUUUAGGAUAAAUGCCAACAUUUUUCAUAUACAUUCAUUCCCCUAAAAUGGACUUAAAGUAGACAUCUCCACAUUGACUUCUCAGCCUUGAAAACAUUUUUUGAAUAAAAUACUUUUACAAUAUUUCACUCUCAAAUCAUUGGUCAUAGAUGUUCUGACCUAAAUUCUCUUUUUGGAUGUGUUACCUGUAUAAUCCCCAAUGAU